UCCCAUGUUCCGGGAGGAAUACAAGAAGAUUCUAAGAAUACCAUGUGCUGGUCGGAAUGCAGAGGUGGGACACAUAAAUCUGGUGAUAAGAAGUGCAGCUCGUGGUCGAAAUAUUAUAGCUCUACAGCACGUAGAGUCAACACAAAGAUCAACACCUCCUUGUCGUACUAUAGAAGAUGGAGCUGAAGGGCCGAUAAAAACAACAACAGCUACUGACCGGUAUAUGGAGGUUAAGCAAACGGGCCCAAUACAAAGACCAUAAACUUCUGGUUGGAAUAGAGAGGUUGAGCACAAAAAGCCAGUACAAAGAUAAACACAAGCUUAUGUUUGAAUUACAGAGAUGAAACUAUAAUGACCAGUGCAAAUGACAACAGCUCUCGUUCGGAAUAUGGAGGUCGAGCAGUGGUCCGAAUGAACUCGUGUAAUGACAGGGAGUUAGGGAGUACACACAAUAAAAAAAAGUCUACAAGGAUAUGACACCUUUAAAUAUCCCGGUCAAAGGCUAUACAUUUAUGGUGAAAUAGCCCUGAAAAGGACAUUUCUUGAAUUCGACUGACAAUCCUUAUUAACGACACUCGUCUUUCACUUUUUUUCAAAAAUGGGCUGAUAUGUCUUCAAGAGAGUAUCGCUUGCAAUACCUCGAGCACUUCCAACAGCCACGAAGUUUUGUAUCUUUCGCCACAAAAGAAAAAGAAAUAAGAAAUUUAUCAAUAAUCCAAGACACGGUAUGACAGAUCAAUAUAUGGACAACGAGUUUGGGAAUUUGCUUUGGAAUCGGACGGUUAAAAGUGUAUCUUCAAUUGGCGUAUUUUCAUUCGGAAACAUUUAGAAUUACGAGAAUCAACUUAUAAAUAGUCUACAGAAGAAAAAUUAUUGAGCUUAAGAAGGAUAGGUAUAUAGCUUAUAUUUGUUUACUUUAAUUCAUGGUAAGUGCGAGCAAUUUAGGUAGGACAACUGCGGUCAUUACUCGUGAUCAGAGCUUUCGUCUACUGUACCUAGACUUCAAGUAGCCUGCGGUGGCCACUGUGCGGCCGACUCGCUUUAAAGACAUAGCUUAGAAUAAAAAUGAGAUUGAAAAAUAUCCUACUGUGAGCAGAUGUUACUUAUUUUUUUCAGCAUAGAAAUCGGCUUUUGGAAUUGUGUUACAAUCACAAACAAUUCAAUUCAAUCGAAUUCUCGAAAAUGGUGGUCAGUUAGCGGUAACACAAGUGUCAGAGGUAACAUUUAAAGCUAAUAAAUAUUGCGCUGGCUCGCCUCACAUUCGUCCUAGACGCUGGUUUUCACCUUCGGUAGAAUCGGUUGCAGGCUUAAAAAUGAAUCAGUCUUCUGCUGAUUAACGGUUAAACGCCCAUCUCAUCCCUCGCAAGCUCAUCUAUACUGCUCAUUGCUGCCAACGCAAUCAAUCGGUAUUUCCAAGUCGUGCGUACGCAGCUGCUUUGUCUCCUAUUAUCGUUGUUCUACAAAGGAGUUCUUUUGUCUCUAUUCUUCUCGCUCUUUGUGUCGAGGUGCGGGUAUUGUUCAUUUGCCCAAAAAUUGCAGCUUGUAAGAGCUGCGUACUGACCUCGUGCGCCCGAACUAUUAUCGAAUUUUUUUCACGCGAUCGCGUACAAGGUUUCUUAUUUGUGGAGCAUUCGUGUUUGCUUGUAUUGCACCGGUUCCGUGUCUCGCUAGCGGAGAGAAAUUCACUUUCAAUACCGGAAAAGGCUUAUGUUUUCAAAAACCGAAUUUAAAACCAGCUUCAUUGUCUGUCUACUUUAGUUGUGGUUGUUCGAUGCUUGUUUUAACCUCGUGCUAUUUCAAGAUUUUUAAAUCCAUUCACAAUCACCAAGCCAGAGUUACCGCCAUGCAGCAAAACAGCAAUUUCAUCUCUGGACCAAGCGUCCAAGAUAUCAAAGUGACGAGAACUCUGUUUCUCACUGUACUGGGAUUUGUUUGUUGUUGGACACCAGUAAUAGUUAUGGAUAUAAUCGACAUGACUUGGGGUCUGUUCUCCUUGCCUCGGGAACUUUACCACUUGGGAACACUUUCUUCUGUUAUAUCAAUCCUUUCAUGUAUGGUGUUAUGAAUCCCAUGUUCCGAAAGGAAUACAAGAAGAUUCUAAUAAUACCAUGUGCUGGUCGGAAUGCAGAGGUGGGACACAAAAAUCCGGUCAUAAGAAAUGCAGUUCCUUGUCGAAAUAAUUGGGGCUCUACACGUAGAAUCAACACAAAGAUCGACAGCUCCUUGUCUUAAUACAAAAGUUGACGUAAUACAUCAAUCACGUCACUAGAAGAAAAAAAUGCUGACGUCAUCAAAAUAAAAAAUAUUUAUAAUUCAUAUAAAACACAUUGUAUGACAUCCAAAGGUGUCAAGGGGUGGAAAACCAAUAUGGUCACGUGAUCAUAUAAAACACAUUGUAUGACAGCCAAAGGUGUCAAGGGGUGGAAAACCAAUAUGGUCACGUGAUCAUAUAAAACACAUUGUAUGACAGCCAAAGGUGUCAAGGGGUGGAAAACGAAGAUGAUCACGUGAUGUCAUCGAUGAUGUCACUAAAAGUAAAACUACCCUCACGCCGAAACAUCGUAUGACAACUAAACUUGUUAUGUUUCAUGUAGAUGUCAAAGGGUGGGGGGAAGGGGGUUUAACAAGUUGGUCGCGUGAUCUGUGAAAUCGUUGACGUCGUCAAAAACACAAAUAUAAUAAUAGUAUUUAAUAUUUCUUAAAUUAUAAAAUCAAAAAUAAGCAAGGAUUUGGUGGUUUGGAGCUCCGCUUUUAGACAAUGCCUAAAUCUAUAUAUUAGCUUUAAUUUUCAGAUAGGAGGCAUGUAUCGAGCUUGCUUUGUGAGUUCUCGCAGACUGUGAAAACUUGUAGAAUAAAAAUGAGCUAUGAGCUUAUCUCACAGCCGGAAAUUAUUUCUUAUUCAUAAAAUCGUCUUUCGCAAUUGUAUAGCAAUCGCCAACAAUUAAAUUUAAUUUAGGUCAAUUCAGGAGAACGAUUGUCAAUGGGGUAACACAGAUGUCAAAAGUAAUACCUAAAGCGAAUAAACAUUGUUCUGUUUGCCUCACAUCCGUUUAAGACGCUUGUUUUCGCCUUCAAUAGAAUCGGUUGCAGGACUAGAAAGAAUAUGUCUUCUUUUGACGAACGUUUAAGCGCCCUUCAAGAGAAGUUAUUGUCAAGGGGAACGGCUCGCGUCGUUAUCGAGCCUCUGGUGUUCAUCAUACUAAGCCUGGUAGGGCUGAUUGGUAACAUUCUCGUCCUGUGGAUCGUAAAGAAAAAGAGAAAUGAAGGCAAAGUGAUAUACUUAUUCAUCGGAGCAUUAGCUGUCACGGAUGUGUUGCUACUUGCUAUCUCCCCUAUUUUUGAAUUCCCAGCGUUAGUGCUUGGAAAAUGGCCAUUUUCUGACCUUGCCUGCCAGUUUCACGCAUUCUACAUAUUAUCCCUCGCAAACGCAUCUAUACUGCUCAUGGCUGCCACCGCAAUCAAUCGGUAUUUCCAAGUCGUGCGCCCGAACUAUUAUCGAAUUUUGUUCACGCCAUCGCGUACAAGGUUUUUCAUUUGUGGAACAUACCUGUUCGCUUGUUUUGCACCGGUUCCUUAUCUCGCUAGCGGAGAGCAAUACACUUUCAAUCCCGGAAAAGGCUUUUGUUUUCAAAAACCAAAUUUAAAACCAGCUUCAUUGUCUAUCUACUUUAGUUGUAGUUGUUCGAUGCUUGUUUUAACUGCAUGCUAUUUCAAGAUUUUUAAAUCCAUUCACAAUCACCAAGCCAGAGUUACCGCCAUGCAGCAAAACAGCAAUUUCAUCUCCGGACCAAGCGUCCAAGAUAUCAAAGUGACGAGAACUCUGUUUCUCACUGUACUGGGAUUUGUUUGUUGUUGGACACCAGUAAUAGUUAUGGAUAUAAUCGACAUGACUCGGGGCCUGUUCUCCUUGCCUCGGGAACUUUAUUUCUUAUAUUUCUUCUUAGCAACACUUUCUUCUGUUAUCAAUCCUUUCAUAUACGGUGUUAUGAAUCCCAUGUUCCGGGAGGAAUACAAGAAGAUUCUAAGAAUAGCAUGUGCUGGUUGGAAUGCAGAGGUGGGACACAUAAAUCCGGUAAUAAGAAGUGCAGCUCCUGGUCAAAAUAUUGAGGCUCCACACGUAGAAUCAACACAAAGAUUCACAGUUCCUUGUCGUACUACAGAACAUGGGCAUGAAGGGCCGCUGAGAACAACAACAGGUACUGCCCGGGAUAUAGAGGAUAGGCAAACGAGCCCAAUACAAAGGCCGUCUACUUCUGGUUGGAAUAGAGAGGUUGAACACAUUAAGCCAGUACAAAAAUCAACCCGAGCUCCUAUCUGGAGUACAUCGAUUGAACAAUAAUGGCCCGUGCAACUGAUAAGCGAUGUCGGUCGGGAUAUCGAGGUUGAAUACUGGACAAAUGAAUAUAAAGACUACGAGGUUGCGUUUUUGCUUUGGAAUCGGACGGUUAACAUUGUACCUUCAAUUGUGGCACAUUUUCGUUCGGAAGACAUUUAGAAUAGACUUUAUAGCUUGUGUUGUGUUAAGGAUUAAAACAAUAAAUAUAGCUUGUUGAAGUUAGCUUUAAUUUAUCGCAAGGACGAUAUUUAGCUAGUAAAAUGUGGUCAUUAAUCAUGUUCACAGCUAUUGUCUACUUUAACCUAGAUACCAAGUAGCCUGCGGAAGGCACACUGUACAGCUGAAUCAAAA